GAAUGGGCAUAUGGAGCCACAAAGGGAAAACGUGCGUACAAAAUGUCAAAAUCGCUCCUGCUGCUUUCCACUGCAGAGGUACCGCGACGGCUGACAGUUAUUUUGCAAAAAAAAUGUAGACGGGAGCCUCAAUGUUAAAUCACGAGGACUAGUUAAGGGCUCCGCCAUUGAGUCUUCGAGUCCUCAGGAAGUGUCAACACUCACCCCGACCCUACGCGCCUUUGUCUAGGAUCAAGUUUGGAAGCGCGCAGGCUUAGCAGCCUGCAGGUUCUCGGGAGCGAAAGCGCACAUGCGCUCGGGAGGAAGAGUGUUUGGGCACCGACCCGCUUCCAGACCGACCCCAUCAGUCUGGGCUCAGAGCGGCGGCGGGAUCGACUUGAAAGCAAGGCUGGCUGCCGCUUUCUCCUCACACUCGCCGGCGUGUGGGCGUGUUUCUGGGCCGCCGCCUCCUUCGCUUUCCUCCGCCUCUCCAAGUUUGUGGCUGUUUUUCAAACAGGCAGCAGCCUCCUCGCUCGAGUCCCGCCUCAGCAGCAAGCGGCGGCGGCAGCGCCCUGGGUUGUUCCCCUCAGGCGCGGCCGGAGAGCGCCAUGAAGAGCCGGCGGCGCUGGAGGUGGCGCUGGGAGCACCGCGGCUUCGCGCUGGGCUUGGCGCUCUACACGCUGCUGCUCCUGCUGCUGGUGUCUUACAUGCUGGACUACGGCGCCAGGAGAGGGCGCGCGGGAAAGGAGCAGCAGCCGCCGCCGCCGCCCCACCGCUGCCCCGACCUCGAGGAGGCGCUCGGGGACUGGGCGUGGGAAGGGCAGCCGCCGCCGGCACCGCCGCCGGGAGAAGCCGCCGCUCCGCCCGCGAAGAAGAACGAGUCUGAGGACUCCGACGAAGCCGGCCCGGGGAGCCGGGCGGGCGGGAAGCGCCACAUCUACUUGCACGCCACCUGGCGCACGGGCUCGUCGUUCCUGGGCGAGCUGUUCAACCAGCACCCGGACGUCUUCUACCUGUACGAGCCCAUGUGGCACAUGUGGCAGGCGCUGUACCCGGGCGACGCGCUGAGCCUGCAGGGCGCGCUGCGAGACAUGGUGCGCUCGCUCUUCCGAUGCGACUUCUCGGUCCUGCGCCUUUACGCCGCGCCGCCGGGGCCCCGAGACCCGCUGGCGCCCUUGUUGCCCGGCGGCGGCGGCUUCAACCUCAGCACGGCCAGCAUCUUCGGCUGGAGGACCAACAAGGUGAUCUGCUCCGCGCCGCUGUGCCCCGCGGCGCCCCGGGCCCGCUCCGACGUGGGCCUGGUGGACGGCGCCGCUUGCGAGCGCAGCUGCCCUCCGCGGGCGCUGCGGGACUUGGAGGCCGAGUGCCGAAAGUACCCCGUGAUGGUGAUCAAGGACGUGAGGCUGCUGGAGUUGGGCGCGCUGCUGCCGCUGCUGCGCGACCCGGAGCUGGACCUGCGCGUGGUGCAGCUCUUCCGCGACCCGCGCGCCGUCCACAACUCGCGCCUCAAGGCCAAGCAGGCGCUGCUGCGGGAGAGCAUCCAGGUGCUGCGGAGCCGCCACCGCGCCGCCGAGCCCCGGGGACUCCCCCGCCGCCACCCUCUGCUGCCCCCCUUCGCCGGCGGCGCCGCGCCGGCUCUGGCCGGGGUCCACCCUCGCCAGCAGCACCGCGCCGAGUUCUUCCUGGGCGGCGCCCUCGAGGUGAUCUGCCAGGCCUGGCUGCGCGACCUGCUCUUCUCCCGCCGCGCGCCGGCCUGGCUGCGCGCGCGCUACACGCAGCUGCGCUACGAGGACCUGGUGCUGGAGCCGCGCGCCCAGCUGCGCCGGCUGCUGCGCUUCGCCGACCUGCCGUCGCCGCCCGCGCUCGAGGACUUCGUGCUCAACAUGACGCGCGGCGCCGCCUACUCCUCCGAGCGCCCCUUCCUCAUCUCCGCCCGCGACGCGCGCGAAGCCAUCCACGCCUGGCGGGAGCGCCUCAGCCGCGAGCAGGUGCGCGAGGUGGAGGCGGCCUGCUGGGAGCCCAUGCGCCUGCUCGCCUACCCGCUCAGCGGCCAGGAGGACGGCGACCGGCAGGAGGCCUCCAGGGGGCGCCCCAGCCCUCCUCAUCCAGGCUAACUGGCCAGCGGUUGCCCCAUGACAGAGGACAUGGAAGAGCAGCUGUGUAUUCCACGGACACUGGAAACUUCAGUGAAAUGCAGCUUCUACUGUAGGUUCUGCCUGGCAGAAUGAAUACUGGCUAGCUUUAACGAAAUGGACGUUAUUGUGAUGAGGACCUCCAUACGGAAGGUUACAUGGUGCAAUAUGAAUAAUUGUAGCCCUCCAUUCGUGGAGUGCCUCAACUUCUUUCUUUCGUCUGCCCGUGUGUUGCCGAUCGUAAGUGCUACUGUUUCCUCCAAGAGACCUUUUUUAUUUUAUUUUUUAACUGUCAGUACUUGGACUACUGUUUACCACGUGAAGUUAAAAUACAAACAAGUGGUGUUUUGCUUAGGGUCUCUGGUACUGUUUUUAGAAUUCUAAGUGUCCUGAUCAUUUCAUAGAGGGAAAACUUUAGCUCAGUGGGUUGGAUUCAGGUUUAUUCAUGUUUAGCGCAAACCUCUGAAAUCAGUGUAACAUGUUUGUCAUGGGUGACCAACUUAGACCUUUCAUUAGAUCUACUUCAAGCAUGAUGAGUAAGCCUAAAUCCAAUCAAGUAUAUAGACCAACUUGGGUCUUCAGUUGUUGUUGUUGGACUACAGCUCCCAUCAUCCCUAGCUCGCAGGAUCAGUGGUCAGGGAUGAUGGGAACUGUAGUCCAACAACAACUGAAGACCCACGUUUGGGAAACCCUGUUCUAGACUGAGGUUGACACUCAAGAGUCCUGCCUAGAGAAGGUAUAUGAUAGACUGUUGAAAUAAGGUAGUAGCUUUCGACCUAUUCAGAUGUGGAGGCCAAUGUAUCUACCACUCAUUUUUUCUGACUCUCAUGCUCUUUUUAUUUGACUGUCUCAUUUUGUUAAAAAGGUUUAACAUAAAAAAUGGGGCUGGUCACCCAGGAAGUGAAGAUUGCCAGUGAUCUGAAGAAACUACACACACAUGCAUUGUUUCAUGCAGGCUAUAUAUAAGAUACAGGAACUUAAUUUAUUUUGAGAACAAAAUAUUAGGCUGUGAUCGAACUGCCAAAACACACAAUAUUCCCCGACAUGCUUAUUUUUAACUUUAAGAAACAUUAGAGGAACUUUGGGUGGUAGGAACUGAAACAUUGUGGUGAUUGUUCCUGGGCUGCGUGCCUAUGAUAGAAUGCUAUUACUACAAGUAAUUGGAGAUGAGAGAUGUAGGUUGUGUUUGAACUGACCCAUAAGUGAACUUUAUAAAUAGACUUCCAAGUUAGAGGGCCAACAUUCUAAUCCAAUAUUGAGAGACCUUUUUGUUUGAAGCAUAUAUUUAGUGCUUGAUUUGUGCAAACACAGGUAUGCUGCUCAGAAUAUUAAGUACAGCUUUCUUCAGAAGAUUAGUUUGCAGUAUACUAACUUUGCCUCUCUGACUGUUCCGUUCUCGCCAAGGACCUUGGUUUGGGGUUGUAAGGUGCAAAAAGUAGUUUUUAAUAUGGAGGCGUAGAAGUGGGCAUCUUUUCUCACUUUACUCAGCUUCAUUCUAGAAGUGUUUUGAGCCAACUUGUACAAAACAGAGUCAGGAUCAGGCCGCAGUAGAUGUAUGGCAUCCACAACCUCAUGACUAGCCUUUUCACUUUAUUCACAACACUGUUUAAAAAGAGUGGUAACUACCAACCUUUUAACAGAGCAAUAUAUACCUCUGUUAUGGGAGAAGAAUAGAAUUGUAGAGCUGGAAGAGACCACAAGGGUCCU